CAUUGGAAGCGAAAUACAUACAAUUAAUUUACAUGUGCAGGAUCCGAACCUAGCGCUGCCUCCGUAGCUACAAUUGCGCUUCGAGUACUCGGAGUAGUUCUUGUCUCAAAAAGAGGUGUUAUAGAACCGCGAGAGUAGGUCAGGUCGGAGGCUGGCGCCGCUGAGAACGCAGCACGUCUGCUCCCCUCACCGAUAGCAUCACAAUGGAUGACAGUAACAGCCGUGGCGUGUACAUGAACCUGGGCGACUGGCCUGGCGAGCUACCGUUCAUGGUGGCCCUGGAGAAGAUUGUGCCGUCCAAGCAGCUGCGCAGCUGUGCUCGCUUCCACGCGCUGCACAUCGACGCCAUCUCGCUGUAUGCGCGCGCCAUGGCUAUGGAUAGGCGGUGGGACUUCAAGAGCUGCUGGCUAGAUAUGCCGCCCAAACAUCUGGCAAAGACCACAAGCGUGGAUCGCAAGACUUGUUCGCCGGUGGAGUACGCGGAGAACUUCAUCUACCCGGAGCUGCUACCGGCACUGCAACGCACCCUGCAGCUGUACCAGCAGCUGCCCAAGCACAAAGAGUUCAAUGCUAUCGACUGGUUAAGCGUUAACCUCUACAGGAACAAUUUGCAACACGACAUACGACGGACGUUGAGGGCCGACGACAUUCCCUACGUCAAAAAGUACCUGCUGCAAAGAAAGCUGAGCCCUAUCCCGCUGGCAUCUGCACUGUCAGACGUUAACGCCGCGAUCAUCAUCCAGUCUUACUGGCGAGGAUACGAAGUUCGAUCGCGACGCUACAUCUGGGAGUUCCGACGCUGGAAGGUCAUGAAACGAACGGAGAAGAGGGUAGCGCGUCUGAUCUGCAAAUUCCUGAGGUGGGCUGUGCUGAGGCGGCACGACCCAGCAAACACGCCCUCAUUCCAGGAAAUAAAGUGGUAGUGCAAAGACAAACCAGGCAUGCUAUGCACGGACGAUCCCUCUGUGUGUGGUUCGUCAAGCCUCCAUCAUCAAGCUUCCUGUGAACCUGUGUGAGCACUUACAAUACCAAAACCAGCAAGGUGGUAGCUGGCAUGUAUGGGCAACGCUGGCCACUGGAUUAGGCUUUAAGCUCGUGAAAGAGCAAUCGAUAGCUUAUGUCACCAGAUAUGUUACGCAAUACACUGUACUGGACCAAGCACCGCAGACAUGGGUUGCUGUUUGCUUCCCAGCACUGCAUGAAAACUACAUGUACCGGAUCGGACUUGAGUAUUUACGUAGAAAUGUGUAUUGUUGCUACUGCUGGAAACUAGAGACUUAUAUGUACAUGUAUAGAAUGUACAUGUUGCGUACGUGAUCACGGCUAUCGGUAUGUGCCCCCCCCCCCCCCCCGUUGUGUGUGCUUGUGUGUGUGUGUGUGUGUGUGUGUGUGUGUGUGUGUGCGCGCGUGUUAAGCCAUAUGAUACGGCAUUGUGUCCAAACUUGGAACAAUGAUACCUAUGCCUCUGCGUGUGCUGUACAUCUUUGACUGCACUCAUCCUAGAAUUCCUUCUGCCCGUCUCUGCUCUAUUUGUGAUUCAACGUGUAAUCGAAUGGUCUGCAUAGUUACGUUUUUGACAACUUGAUCAGGAUA